UGUGUACAUCGCGCGUGUCUAUUGCCAAUAUCUAGCCAAGAUGCCAGGUAUUCGGGCUGGUAUAGGCCCUUACUCUGAUGAGGCUACCCCUAAGGUGGCUGAUCAGGUAAGGUACCUCAUGCCAAUCGCAAAGCUGCUGUUCAUACUGGUAGCAAUCCUAGGCUUUGGUUUCUGUAUGGCAAUGCUGCUGAUGGCUACUGUGGAAGCCAUAGAGAUAAAAGCUCUGAGUACUAGUCAGUACAAGCUCAAAAACGCUGACAUGACCGCGCUGAGCAUAGCCAUUUGUCUGAGUCACCUAGCGCUACACUUCCUAGGCUAUCGAUGCAGGUUCAUGAAGCUUCACUGGACUUCCUGGGACAGUGGAUUGUUCAUACUUGGUUUCGCGGUAGUAAUAUCGGCAUUCUUUGCAGUGUUCAUAGUGGUGAUGCCAACAGUUGGGACAAUACUAGGAAAAGAUGAAAGUAAGAUCCGUCCCUAUGGCGCCAUGGCAUUCACUGGCCUGGAGUUACUGGCAAUGUUCGGUUUCAUCAUAUGUGCCAUGAAGACACACUGCUUCGGUGGCUGCAUGACGCUUAACAAGAAGGUGUUCUAUACAUUUGCCUUUAUAUACAUGCUGGUGUUCGCUGCCCAUGCUUAUACACUAAAGGAAUUAGAAGAAAACAAAGAUAAAUAUGGAGAAAAUGACACUACCUGGCAUCACCAUAGGUUCAUGGCAGCGGUUAACUACAUCUUCGUGAUUGGACUAUGUAUCAGUGCAUACCAGGUAAACCUAUGCUGCAUGUCAUUCACUAAGUGUGAUGCCGUGUUCAUAUUCCUGACUGGCACUGUUGUAGGCAUACUGAUAACAGUAUGUCUGUCAAUGUUCCCAGAGAUUGAUACCAAGCAAUGGACUCUCGUAGGCCUUAUCGCUAUGCUAUAUAUACUUACGGUUGCACUGUUUUUGUACAUCCAUGCCAAGAGACCGCUGUGCAGGUACUAUAACCCAGAUGUAAUUACUUUCGGGAUAUUCGCGCUACUGUUCCUGUUAUUGGUGUCCACCUUGGUAGCCCUGGGGGCGCUGUAUCAUAGCAGCAUGGCAGCAAUCGCGGGCGAAAUGAAACCCAUCGCCUCUAUAGCCAUAUUCGUCUAUGGCUUUGUGGUAUUCGUUGUAAUGCUAAUCUUCGGUUUCAAGGGCAAUGCCAUCAAGGUUAUGAAGGCGUUCGCCAAGCAGGUGCGUGAUCAGCAGCUACUUAGCAAAGCCCGUAUGCUAGAGAAAGAAGCUUUGUACGACACAGGAGUUGAAACACCGGCUACCGAAUGUAACCUUCGCGGACCAGAGUCAUCAGGAGGUGUCUUCCGUGAUUCGUGGUUACACCCGACCAACUGAGUGAUGUAGCAGAACGGAAUGAAAU